AUGAAUACACGUUCUGCAGAGAAUCCUGUAGUGCUUCCUCUAGAAGUCCAUCUUUCAAAUCUGCAGAAAGCAAAAAAACCCUUUGUGCCCACAAAUGCCUUUUCAAAAGCAUUGGCUUCAAAACUGAAAAUCUUUGGGACUAUUCAGAUUCUGUUUGGACUGAUGGACUUCUCUUUUGGGAUGAUACUGUUAUUCACCUUUGUAAAACCAUACCCACGGUUUCCUCUGAUAUUCAUUUCAGGUUAUCCAUUCUGGAGCUCUGUUUUGUUCAUAAAUUCUGGAGCCAUUCUAAUUGCAUUGAAAAGGGAAACCACAAAAAUAUUGACGAAACUGAGCCAAGUGAUGAAUUUUCUUAGUGCCGUGGGAGCAGCAAUUGGGAUUGUUUUUCUCUCAAUGGGUUUCCUUCUAGAUCAGAACUACCUUUGUGGCUUUUCUAAUGAACCUCCACAGUGCCAUGCUGUUACCACCUUAUUUACUGGAAUAAUGGUCAUACUGUCGAUCUUCGCCGUCACUGAAUUUUUAAUUGCUCUGUGUUUCUCAUUCUUGACAUGUCAGUGA